GACACAAGAGACAUGGGUUGGAUCCCUGGGUCAAGUAGGAAAUGCAACCCACUCCUGGAGAAUUCCAUGGACAGAGGAGCCUGGCGAGCUACAGUCCAUGGGGUGGCAAAGAGUCAGACACCACCCAGCAACUGAGCACACAUAUACGCACCUGACCUUUGAACCAAGAACGCCCUUCCAAAACACUUCCACACCCUCAGCGGCUAACUUCGGCAAAAAAAUUGUCCCUGUGGUACAGAGGCUUUCUGGGACAGAGGCUUGCCAGGACAAGAUCUGCCCAGGGCACUCAGUGCCCACAUGGGAGCUCAUACCUCCUGUUUGCAAAACUUCACCCUCCCUCUGACUGACAAAGAAGGGGCUGUCUAAGCCAGGGGCCCUCUUCUCUGCCUUGACCUGGAGAGCAGGCCAGGGACCCACAGGAGGGCUCAGCCUUGAGAUUGUGCUGCAGACAUAAUAAAGGGGUGGGGACCCUGGAGGGCAGGGGCGGAGCGAAGCAGGUGAUAUCCAUCCCCAGAGACCAGAGCCCAGCAUUUCCGGGGUCUCUCCCUGCGCACAUCCCCAUGGACCGCACGGUGGUACUCAUCACCGGCUGUUCCUCUGGCAUUGGCCUACACCUGGCCCUGCGACUGGCGUCCCACCCGUCCCAGAGCUUCAAAGUGUAUGCCACGCUGAGGGACCUGGCCUCACAGGGCCCACUGCUGGAGGCCGCCCAGUCCCGAGGGUGCCCUCCCGGCUCCCUGGAGACGUUGCAGCUGGAUGUGAGGGAUGCAGAUUCCAUAGCCGCUGCCCAGGCACGCGUGACCGAGGGCCGCGUGGAUGUGCUGGUGUGUAACGCAGGCCGGGGCCUGGUGGGGCCGCUGGAGGCACACAAGGAGGGCAGCGUGGACGCCGUGCUGGACGUGAACCUAACGGGGACCGUGCGGAUGCUGCAGGCCUUCCUGCCAGACAUGAAGCGCCGCCGCUCGGGACGCAUAUUGGUGACCGGGAGCAUAGGCGGCUUGAUGGCGCUUCCCUUCAACGCCGUUUACUGCGCCAGCAAGUUCGCGCUCGAGGGUUUGUGCGAGAGUCUGUCGAUUCUGCUGCAGCCCUUCGGGGUCCACGUGAGCCUCAUCGAGUGCGGCCCGGUGCACACCCCCUUCCCCGAGAAGGUGGAGGGCGGCCUGGGCGGGAUGCUGGACCGCGCGGACGCCGAGACCCGCGACCUCUUCUACCGCUACUGUCGCCACUGCGAGCGGGUCAUACGUGAGGCGGGUCAGGACCCGGAGGAGGUGGUCGAGGUAAGCGCCGAGCAGGACUGCGGGAGCGGAGGCCGCCCCCGGGUUCCCCAGCCCAGCCCGGCCAGCGCGCCUCCUGCUGCUGCUGCAGGUCUUCCUCCAGGCGCUACGCGCCCGGCGCCCGGCCCUGCGCUACUUCACCACCGAGCGAUUCCUGCCACUGGUGCAGCUGCGCUUCUCCGACCCCAGCGGCUCCAGCUACGUCGCCGCUGCGCACAAGUCAGCGUUCCACGACGUGGCCGCCGAGGGCUCCGACGGCAACGGGGCUGAGGCCGAAGCCGGUAAACUGAGAGCAUCUGAGCUCCGCGCUCCUCUCGCCCCGCAAUAAAGGCCUAAUCCGCU